AUGGAGGAAAGAGCUGCUCAGCGGGAGCAGGAAAGACCUAGUCUUCGUCUGGAAAAGCUACAGCACUGGGCAAAGCACAGGCAGAGCGGGCACCUCUUGGUGCUGGCGGUGAGCCAGCUAUGGCUGGCAGUGGCUGUGGUGCCCUUUGCUAUCUCCGUUGCCUGCCUGAACUCUGCCUGUCACAUGGCCACAGCAUUGCCACUUGGGCCUGGAGCAUUGGGUCUCCUCACUGCGAUUGUCACUCUUGAGCUGCGCAGAGCACCCCGCCUCUGGAAGGUGCAGGCCAUGAUGAUACUCAACAUCUUCAGUCUGAUCUUGGGCUUCAUCGUGGUGGUGGUCGACGUGAUGAAGACAGCCUUGGGGGCUGCCUCAGCUGCCCCCUCCCAGCAGGCUGGCUUGCUGGCGGUGGAGCUAGGCACUGAGGCCUUCACCCUAGGGGGAGUGCUGGUCUCGGCAUACUCACUAUUCCUGCUGAACCAGAGGAAGCCAGGAUGCUGCAGGAACCGGAGUCUGCUCUACCAAGAGCUGCAGGAGGGUCUGUCUGAGUUGGAGGAAGUUGCUGCUUUGGAGAAUGGUACCACCGUGGCCAGCACAGCAAAUGCAACAAAUGAGCCUCCCUCUGGCAGCUUCGGGGACCGGCAGGGGCUGGGGCUGGCCCUUGGCAGAGCUGGGUUUCCCAAAUGGUGUCGCUGCGCCCCCUCCCACAGAGCCCAAAUCCAAAGUCCUGAGACUUGGAGCGCGCGCGAGAAAGGGGUUGGAGAUGAUGAGUCAGAAGCCCGGGGCCCUUCUCGUCCCCCUCCCUCGGGGCCCAGGUGCCGGACGAGGACAGGCUCUCUGGGCAGACGGGUGGCUGGGGCAGGAAGAGGAAGGGACGCGGCGACCCGAGCUAACACUUUCCCGCCUCUUGCGAGCAUGCUGGUGUUACGAGACCGCGUUGCCGCCACCCUUUCUCUCCCAAGGCGGGAGCGGGACUGCGCAGGCUCAGCCUCUCGGCUGCCCCGCGGACCUUUGAUCCCGGCUGCGGUCUGGUUCUGA